AUGACCUGCCUCUCGUCCUUGGAGGCCAUUCCGCAAGAGGUCCUCGAGCACAUUGUCUUUUUCUCCACAGCAGAUAACCCCCUUGGACCCCCCGCGCCCUUGUUAUCUCUGCUGCUCACAAGUCAGACAAUUUACCGGACUUUAUCAAUUUCAGCGAACCCACACCUCUAUGCCCGCAUAUUUACGCACAAGUUCGACAUAGAUGCUGCAAUCCGCCGUCUGGGCCCUCAAAUCGCAGUGGCCACCGUUUUGGCUAGCGAACUCCAGAGGAGAUGCAUCAUUCUCAAACGGAUACGCGCGCGAUUGGAUUCUCGUCUCCGCUCUGUCUCAAGCACCCCGCAGAAAGACCAGAUGUUGGGCGAGCUGCUCUGGAUGGCUUAUCUUAUGAUGCUCGAAAACGAUGGAAAGAACGAGCGGCAGCUUAGGGAAUAUGCUGACAUAGAGACCUGGUUACGAGAAUUUUGGUUCGAUGACGAUGGUGCGUCACUAGCCCCCCGGAAGAUCAAAGACGAUCAAUGGCCGCUCAACCACGAAAGAAACUCAUUAGCCAUGUGGCUCUUUUGGUUCUUCUUAAAGCCUGACCAAUACAAGCGGAAUGAGAACUUUCGCCUUGUGACAUCUGUGAUGAAGCUCACGGCCCUGGCGGCAAACCGAUAUCCACUUUGCUGGCCCUCCUGGGCAGAGUUUAUUCCAGAAGAGCAAUCGAAUAGUCAUAGUUCUGUCACCCACUUUUCUGAGACGUAUCAGCUGACACCUCCGCCCCUUGCCGCCCCUGCAAUCCUAUCAUUCUUCACUUUCGCUGUCCAACUUUCAGGCCCAUUACAACAGAUGGUGUAUAAGGCACCACAUGCUCCUUCAGCCUCCGUCUUGAUAACGGGACAAAGCUACGAAUGGGAAUCAGAUUGGCAGAAAUGUAUGAAUUUGGGGCAGGCUCGUUACAGUAACACCUUUUCAGGCGCAUAUAUACCUGGCAGUAUAGAAGGAGUUUGGGAGGGCAUAUUUACGUAUACGGAAUUUACUGCAUAUGCAGCGUUGUUAUCCGGCGCGCCGCCGCCUAUCUUACACAGGAGUUUGGUAGCGCAACACCGACAAACAUGGAAGCUUCGGGAGUACCAUCUUUUAGAAACGGAUGUUGAUUCAAGCAGCGGUCUUUCAGACCCGGGUCCACUAUCUCCAGGUGAUCCACUAAGGGCUUAUUUUCCUGUUGGGACUCGCAUCCGUGAACAUUCGAACGAAAUUCAAAUACAUGAGCCAGGUCGAUCAGAGCCGCUUCGUUAUCAAAGGCCGCCUAGCUGUGCUUUGAAUGUAUCUUUAAUGACAGAUAAUUAUACUCGAAGUCUGAAGGAUAUUAUUGUCGUCGGAGAGGGGCAUUCUGCGUGGGGCCAAUUUAAUUUGAUAGGCAGGGUGAGACCGUGCGAUGGGUUCGUUAGUCUAUCCAAAGAAUAUACGGAGGGGGAUCGUGGAAAGUGGCUUUAUCGGUGUUUUCUAGUGGGCAAUUCUAACGGUAAUUUAUCUGGACGAUGGCGGGACACUUUGAGUCCGAGCCAUGUCUCGGGAUAUGAGGGCUGUUUUGUGAUGAGUAGACGGAGAUGAUCGAUGAUGGACGGCUGUAUUAUUUUUAUCACUUGGUUGUAUAGGUUGUAUAGAGUGUUUAGGUUAUUAACUGGGGUUUAGGUGAACGUUGAUUGUACUAUUGUCUCG